AUGUUCAUAAAGCUUUUCUUUCUAUUGAUCAGCUAUUGUUAUGCAGCUGAGAAACUAUCAUCGUACAAUGUCGAUCCAAGUGAAACAUCUGUCUCUGGUUUGUCAUCUGGUGCAUUUUUUGCCACACAAAUGCACGUAGCAUUUUCGGCUUCAAUAAAAGGUGCGGGAAUCGUAGCCGGUGGCCCAUAUAAUUGUGCAGGGCAAACGAGUUAUACAGGUUGCAUGUACACGAGUAGUCCAUCAAUUACUCAAUCUAUUUCAAAUACAAAAUCAUGGAGUGGAAACAAAAUUGAUGACAUAAAAAAUCUAGCAAAGCAGAGAAUUUACAUGAUCUCCGGAACUGCAGACAGCACUGUGGGUCCUUCAGUCAUGAAUCAAUUAUAUAAAUACUAUGUAACUGACGGUAAAUUCAUUCCAAGUGAAAAUGUUGUAUUCAAAAAAGAUCUGAAUUCGGCACAUACAUUUCCCACUGAUUUUGAUAGUGCUGGUAAUAAUGGUUGUGGAUCCACAAGUAGUCCUUACAUAAGCAAUUGCGGCUUUGAUGGAGCACGAGCUAUACUUGAACAUAUUUAUGGACCAUUGAAACCAAGAAAUAAUGGAGCAUUAACAGGAAAAUUUAUUGAAUUUAAUCAAGACGAAUUCAUUGCCAGCGCCAGAGCUAACGGAAUGAGUACUACGGCGUGGGUUUAUGUACCUAAAAGUUGUUCUGAUGGAGAUACUUGUAGAUUACAUCUUGCUUAUCAUGGUUGCUUGCAAGGCUACGAAAAAAUUUCUGAUAAAUACGUUAAAAAUACAGGAUACAAUCGUUGGGCUGAUACCAACAAUUUCAUAAUUUUAUAUCCACAAGCGGUAGCAACAAAUACAGUCAACUCAGCAGGUGGAGCAUCAAUUCCAAACCCGAAUGGUUGCUGGGAUUGGGUGGGUUGGUACGGAGCUGAUUUUAGCGUUAAAAGUGGUAAACAAUCUGCAGCUGCGAAAAAAAUGAUUGAUCGUAUCACGAGCGGUUUUAAUCCCAUCGAUGCACCGACAGAACUUCAGGUUCUUGCAACUACUGACAAUCAAGUUACUCUUGGAUGGAGAGCAGUUUCAAGUGCAACUGGUUAUAAUCUUUACCGAAAUGGUGCUAAAGCUAAUAGUGGAAUAAUAACUGGUACAACAUUUACAAAUAAUAAUUUAAAUUCGGGUACAUCAUAUACAUAUACGGUCAAAGCUGUUUCAUCGGCAGGCUCUGAAAGUGCGGCAUCCAAUUCAGUAACUGGUAAAACAACAGGUGCACCACCAGCUAUAAGUGCACCGGACGGAUUAACAGCUUCGGAUAUAUCUAGUAAUUCGAUGACUUUGAAUUGGAAUUCAGUUUCCGGUGUAACAACAUAUAAUGUUUAUCGCGAUGGGAACAAGUUGACCAGUGUUAGUCUCACAUCAUACGCUGAUAAAAACUUGGUUUCUGGAACUAGUUAUCGAUAUCAAGUUUCUUCAGUAAAAGAUUCGUCUGAAAGUGAAAAAUCCAAUGAAUUACAAGCAACAACACUUACUGAAAAGGUAUGUUUCAAUGAUAAUAACUUUAAUCACGUAGCUCAACGCAGAGCUAUUAACAGCAUGGGCUAUGCAUUAGCUGUUGGUUCAAAUCAAAAUAUGGGACUUUACAAUUUAUUUGUAAAAACAAAUCUAUGCAAGACAAAAGAAAACUACUACGAAAUCAACUAG